ACACCAAGUCUAGUCCGUACUGAUUCUACACGACGCACCAUCGUUUUUAAACGUCCGCGAAGCUAACAAAACUCGUUGAAAAUGCAUACAUCAAAAUGGUAGAAUCAUUGCAAAUGUUUUUAUUUCUUUUCAAAUCAAAAUACAGACGAAAAUAUUCGUGGUUCUCGCCGUUCUUGUGUUCAGUGCUCAUAGUGUUAUUGUUUUGUCAUGGUGUACUAUCGAAGUGUAGUGAUCACAACUGUUUUAACGGUGUAUGUAACAAUGAUACCUGCGUGUGCUACGAGGGCUGGCAGGGCUCCCAGUGCCAACACUGCGGCGGGAAGAUUAAAUUGACGGAGACGUCUGGUGUUAUAACCGAUGGUCCCGGUAAUUAUAGCGUUAGUACACAAUGCUCGUGGUUGAUCACACCGCCACGCGUGGGGCCCACGUUGCCCACUGUGCGGGUGACACUGGAGAGUUUUGCCACGGAGUGCGGAUGGGAUCAUUUGUAUGUAUACGAUGGUGAUAGUGUCCGAGCUGAGAAACUAUUGGCUGUGUUUAGUGGGGUUUUAGAUAAGAACGAGUCUAACUGGACUCGCCAGGUUAUAGCGCGGUCAGGUAGUGUUCUUUUGCAUUUCUUCUCUGACGAUGCUUACGCCAUGGAAGGUUUUAAUGUCACCUACGAUGCCUACUCCUGCCCAUCCAACGACCACAGGACCAACUGUUCCGAUCACGGCGAGUGCGAGGAAGGUUCCUGUCGGUGUGACGAUGACUGGCUCGGGGUAGCCUGUGACCAGCCUUUGUGUCCCAACGACUGUAACGCUAUGUACGGAGCUGGGUCGUGUACGUCGUCCGGUUGCGUGUGCACGCCGUCCAAGACUGGAGCGGAUUGCAGCCGGGACGCGUUUAUAUCCGGCUGGGGGUGGGCGUGGCGGGAGGAGGGGGAGGGGGGUGAACGACCACGGAACAUGCCGCCGCCGACAGCUGGGCACGUGCUUGUCAACUAUGGUGACGAUAUAAUAAUGGUGGGAGGGGAAAUGUUCCAAGACGCAGCGUUUAUGUACAGAUAUAAACCGAGCCUUAAGGAGUGGAAGGUAGUUGAGGCCCGGGGCAAGGCGCCACAGAUGCGGUUCGCCCACACGGCCAUAGUCUACGGCGAGGAGAUCAUAGUGUAUGGCGGGGUGGUGGUCACCGACGAGCUGGAGAGGAGCGGAGGUCUCGCGGGGGUGGAGGGGCGGGCGGCGUUCGUCAGCAACGAGAUCUGGACGGGUCGGCUGUCGGGGGGCUUCGUCCACUGGACCAACGACACGCCGCGGACGUGCUCUCCUCACCACCCCGCGCCGUUCGACCACUGCGGCGGGCUCCACCUGUCGGGCCACUCGUCAGUCCUGGUCCAAAUCGGCCCAACCUCCAAGCCCGUGAUGUUGGUGUUCUUCGGCCACUCCCCCCACUACGGCUACCUGCAUCUCGUACAGGAGUACUAUAUAGAGGAGAAGGCGUGGGGCGUCGCCCGGACCCGCGGCUGGCCGGCCAGGGGAGGGUUCGCUCACACCGCUGUAUGGGACGCGCUCAGCGGCAGGGUGUACGUACACGCUGGACUCGUCUCCGAGUCGGAGGCGACACAGGCGCCGUCCGCCGCGCUGUACGAGUAUGAAGUUGAAGCACGGAUAUGGCGCCCGCUGCCCUCCGCCCCCACGCCCAGAUAUCUACACACCGCCAUAUUUAUAUCGCCAGGGGUCAUGUUGGUGUUCGGGGGGAACGCCCACAACGACAGUGCUGCCGCGGCGCUCACGGCCUCGGGCGCGUCCCAGUGCUACGCGGCCAACGCGCUGCUGUACUACGCCAGGUGUCGCCAGUGGAUGUCUGCGGGCGGCCUGCUGGGCUCGCCUCGCGCCGGACACGCGGCCGCUCUGCUUCCGGCCAAGAGACCCACCGUCAUCAUACAUGGCGGCUUCGACGGCCGCCUUCGCUCGGACGCGCUUGUCUUCGAGUCCGGAAUGCGCUGUUCGUGGUACAAGGACGAAACGUCCUGCAUGAACAGCGCCAGGCACGGCGUCUCGUGUGUGUGGCGCCUUAGAGAUAUGCUGUGCGUCGGGAUAAAGGAAGUAGGAUGGAAGGAUUCUUUCACGGAUGCUGUGAAAGCCUGCAUCGACGAGCCAGUAGUCGAUGAGUCUCGCUGUGCCGUGUCUUCGUGUGAGGCUUGUACAGCGCUUGGUUGUGCUUGGUGCGGCUCGUGUCUCCCGUCCGCGUAUCACUGUCGACGAUCCCGGACGGCACACGGACCGGUGACCCUGUCCGUGUCGGAGUGUCCUCCGAGCGGCGCGUCGUGUUCGCGCUACCACUCGUGCGCCGCAUGUCACGCGCAUCUACACAGACACCCUCAUGGCUCGGAAGACUUAAACCAACGGGCGUGUUACUGGGACUAUGACACGGUGAAGUGCCGGCCUGCCAAUGCGACCACGGAUAUAAGGGGCUCGCCGAGUGUGUCAGGGUCGUGCAGCGCCGCGUGCUCGUCCUAUACCACAUGCGGGAACUGCACCGCUGAAGAGUGCAUCUGGUGCGCCUCCGCCGGGAGGUGCGUGGAUAAGAACGCUUACGGAGCUUCGUUUCCGCUGGGCGGGUGUCGCGCGUGGUCCACCAGCGGCUGUGGAGGUGUGGGGGUGACGGGGGGUGUCCCGGGGGGCGGGUGCUCGUCGCACGUGUCGUGUCGCUCGUGUCUGUCGGAGCCCGCGUGCGGCUGGUGUGAUGACGGGGCGGGCGGCGGGCGAGGAGCCUGUCUGCCGGGAGGUGACCGUCACCCCCACCAUCCCCACAUCUGUCCCAGGAGACGAUGGCACUUCACGUCGUGUCCGUCGUGUCAGUGUAACGGCCACUCGGUGUGCGACGCGGCGUCCCGUUGUGUCCAGCCGUGCGGGUCCCGGGCCGUGGGCCCGCACUGUGACACUUGCGCCCCCGCGCACUGGGGUACCCCGCUCAACGGAGGGGUCUGCACGCCGUGUGAGUGUAACGCCCAGGCCGUGUCGUGCGCGGCGGACACGGGCCGCUGUUUCUGCAGCACCAAGGGCCUGGCGGGCGACAGGUGCGACAAGUGUGACAACACCAACCACUACCACGCCGACGUCUACAACAAGGGCUGCUACUACGACCUAGCCGUCGACUAUCAGUUCACCUUCAACCUGUCCAAGAAGGAGGAUCGUCAUUUGUCCGCCAUUAACUUCCGGAACGCUCCCGUCAAACCGGACGUGGACGCUGACUUCAGUAUCACGUGUUCCGCCCACGCCAGGAUGAAUCUCACCGUCAGGACCAAAUCUGAUCCUGAGAGGACGUUAUUCAGUGACGUCAAUUGCACCAAUUUUAGAUACAAUCCGCUCGCCCUCAGGUUCGCCAAGUCCGAGCACGCCUUCGGUGUGGAGGACAACGUGACGCUGACGACGUUUUUCGUGUACGUGUACGACUUCCGGCCGCCGCUCUGGAUACAGAUCUCCUUCUCUCAGUACCCGAAACUCAACUUGCAGCAGUUCUUCAUCACGUUCUCGUCGUGCUUCUUGAUGCUGCUGUUGGUCGCUGCGGCACUGUGGAAGAUGAAACAGAAGUACGACCUGUACCGCCGCCGCCAGCGCCUGUUCGUUGAGAUGGAACAAAUGGCGUCCCGACCCUUUAGCACAGUGAGCAUAGAGCUGGAGCGGGGAGGGGGCGAGGGCGGAGUCCCGGCCCCUGUGGCGUUGGAGCCGUGCCGCUGGGGUCGGGCGGCCGUGCUGUCCCUGGUGGUGCGUCUGCCGCAGGGCGGGGCGGGUCGAGCGCCCCCUCAGGGCGGACUCGCUCUCGCCUCGGCCCUCGUCACCCUCGGCCACGCUCACCACCACGACAGACUGAGGCAGCAAUGUAAAUAGGAUCCGGACCUGCGAGCAGCGCUCGGGGCCUCGCCGGACCCCAGGUGGGGCGGGCGGUGAGAGACGAGUCCCGACCGGCUCACGGCCCGCGACGUACGCGCUUCGUUCAGUGUCCGCAAAGCGCUUCCUCUACAACAUUGAUUCGUAUCGGCUAGGAAUUUUUCUGUUUGACUAUUAUUAAGAUUAAAAAGAUAAAAAAACGAAUGAAUCUAACCAUACGUUAGACAUGACUUCCGGCGCAGAGGUCGCCGGACGCGGUUAUGCCAAGCGAUUGUUCUGCGGACAUUUCCAUCGGCAUAUUAUUGAACGAAGUCCCCUCAUCUUCCGCUGAAGUCCUUCAUCUCUCGCCAUGGACCUCACUGCCUCCUGUCCUCGGAGCUCGCUGCCGGUUUCCAGCCUCAGCCCACGGCCGGACACGCGUCACAACGACCUGUAUAUUGUGUAAAGUGAUAUUUUUCUUACGACGCAUGUAUAUCGUGUAUAAAACGUAUCGUGAAGGCAUUUAGAGGUGUUGUGUACAGUUAGAUAUAAUUUUAUCUACAUUUUAUUAAUUUUACAAAAUUUACUCAAUAUAUAACUUCAAAAACGCUUAGGACAGACAAAGUCACAUCACAAACUAACUUAUAUAUAUAAUCCUAAACCCCCUCCCCGCCCUGACGGUAUCACAACACCAAGUUAUUUAUAUUGUAAAGUGCUAGUUCCGUAGCGGGGAUUCCCUUAACGUUAUUAUAAUUUUACUAAUCAUAUAAUCUGAUCUUCUGCCGUUCAAAGGCUCCUCGUGUUAAGUUCAUGUAGCCUGUAGCCGGCCGACAUUUUAUCUCUAAGUUAUAAUGUAUUUCUAUAUCGGAAAGUAUUUGGUUUACGUUCUUGUACGUCGUAUUUACGUGAUAUUUUUUUUAUCGUAUUUAUUACAUCACAACACGUUGUUGCUAUCAUUAAUCUCUUGUAGUCGUUUAUUUUUAAUGUAUUAGUUGUUAGUAUCGAUACAAGCAAUUAACCAGCAAUGUAUUUUCCCUGCCGAGGUGCCAAAAAACUUGUAUUUCUCACAAUGAUAUUAUUUUUUUUAAUUAAUUUUGACUUCAAAACGGAAUCUUUUUAAAGAGUCCUAGUCAUGAUAUAUAUAUUUUUUAUUUUUUGUGUGUGUUGUUUUUGUAUACGUUUCGCUAGUCUACCUCACGAAAGCAAUCAUGUCUGUCGUUCUGUCAGUAUGUCUUAUUAUUUUUAUUUUCUAUAUAUAAAUGUAAAGAACAAUUAACCAAUCACUAUUAUAUAAUAAGAUAUAUAUAGAAUAAAAUAUCAAAAGUUAUCGUAAUUUUUUAUGUCCAUGAUUAAUUUCAAUGAUUUUUUUUUAAUUGUAAUUGUGAACUGGCAACACUGUGUGGGUUUAACUGUCAUUGUGAACACGUGCCGCUUACUUCGUAUUCGCGAGACACAGGUUUUUAUUGAAAUGUGUAUUAUUUGAGCUUUCUAGGAAGUGGAGUGUAUUUUUUUUUGUAUCCAACGCGUAGAGUCUCAGACUGGGAUGUGCGAGUGCCGUGGAAAUGUAAAAAUAACUAUUUAAGUAUAGUUUUUAAGCGAGAAGUGAAGCGUACCUUGUAAAUAUCCUGAUAUAAAUUAUUGUAUUUCAUAAUAAAAUUAACUGAUCACGU